AGAACUUUUUGACGUGUUUUGCUGUUUUUUUCUCUCUUUUCUUUGUUAUUUCCUGCUCAAUACAUCAGGCUCAACAUCAAUUGACCCGUUUGUUUUGAUUGGCUUCAGUUGUACAAGGACAACAUGUUCAACCUACGUAUUCUGCUGGCCGUUGUGGUGUCAUUCGUUACUGUUGUGUCCGCACACAACGUGCUACUUCCAGCCCAUGGCAAGCGUUGUUUCUUUGAGGAUUUGAAGAAAGGUGACGAACUUGCUGUUAGUUUCCAAUUUGGUAACAGAAACUCCCAGUCCAGUGAGCAGCUCAAGGGAGACUUCACCGUGUGGUCGCCUUCAGGAACGGCUCUGAAGACAGAGUACGACGUUUCCCACGGUGACGUUUCGGUCAAGGCAAAGCACACAGGUAAACACAAGUACUGCUUCUCCAACGAGCGUUCUUCAGUCGACACAAAGGACGUGUCUUUCAACAUCCACGGUGUUCUCUACGUGGACAUCAACGACCCAGAGAACGACUCCCUCGAUGCUGCUGUGAGAAGACUGGCUGUGUUGACCAACGACGUCAAGAACGAACAAGGCUACAUCGUGGUCAGAGAGAGAACACACAGAAACACUGCGGAGUCGACAAACUCAAGAGUCAAGUGGUGGUCCAUCAUGCAAUUGCUCAUUGUCCUGUUCAACUCUGCCUUCCAGAUCUACUACUUGAAGCGUUUCUUUGAGGUCAAGAGCAUCGUUUGAGACCGGCUCUUCUCCCAGUGUACAUACACACUCCAUAAUACAUGCCAUGGCUAGCGUUAACAUACACUUCAGUCUCAUCUUACUGGCCAA